AAGGCUCCCUGUCCAUGUUCCAACCUUAUCCUGCUACCAUCACCAUUCAAUAGCUACAUCGCGGCCAGCUGUAUGCCAUGAAUUUUCGCUUUACACCAAAUCUUGGUCAGAGUGUGCAUAUACCCAUUUCUCACCUGCACACGACCACUGCGGAGUUGUGCUUUUCCGCAACCGUCGAUGACAGUGACUACGAACAACUCCAACGAGACAAAGGAAAAGUGCAACUCUGGUCGGACCUUCCGGUAAAUGGUAGGAAUGCGGGAGAUUGGGGUGAAACCGCCUUCCAGGAAUGUAUUGCGAUCCAAGACGACGAGCUGUCGUUGGGCUUCGACGAGGACAACAGCGAUAAGCACGUUCUGUCCCUCGUCGUGCCCAUACCUUAUGCUGCACACAUACAUCGUCAAUUCUCCUUCACGUAUAGAAUUGUAUAUCCUUCGGGCGAUGUCAAGUGGUUGGGCUCGUUUGGUGACAAUGGUUCAUUUGUUCUUGAGGAAACAAAGUCGGACGAGCGCGUCGACCUGUUAGGCGAAUACUGGAGUCGUAAUGAUGAAGGUGUACAUGUCUGGAACACUGGGAGCAGCAUUAUGGAAAGCGUUCUGAUCGCCAAAGCUUUCCAUCCCAAUCAUUGGAAUGUCUGGGCAGUAGGAGCAGAUUCGUGGGUAUCUUUUCUCUUUCAGGCGUAUGUGUCUCUUAUGCUUUGUGUCAGACUUCUUUCCGAGCCCCAGAAUGCCUGUCUACUAUUUCUCGUACCAGUCAUCCAUGGGUCGCCCAUCCUUCUUCCUCAGACACUUGUUCUGAGUGCUUGUCAAGAUACUAGUAUCGCAUUUACUCCUACCGGCAAUAUCACAGCUUCUGGAAGUAACUCUGUUCAUCUCGUAUGCUUUGACAGAUACGCGUCAAACGUGGCGGAUUUCAUAGAACGGGCCUUCGCACAUUGCUCUCUGACAAAAUGUCAAUUUUUGAGCACCUCGGACCAGCAUGCAGUCAUUGCCUCUCCUCUUGAUCAAUGUCCCGUCAUCGCUGAUAUUGUACCACUCUGUACAUCGAUCCUAAAAUCCCACAUAUCCAUAGAAUGGUCUAAAUUUACAUCUUUGACCGCCGAAUUUCCGCUGUCCCUUUUCUUACCUGGCACCUCCAGAGUGCUCUUCUACGAUUCUGCUGAUCAGCGUCCCGAGAGCGUCCGCUUUUUGGUGCCUCCUUCAGGCGGACAAUUCAUGAUGACACCAGUCUACACUCUCGAAACCAAAAAUUCACAGGAGCGUCAAUUUGCACUCCUACAAUCCCACGUAUUGGUUCCCUCUUCUUCGUUCCGCGAUCGGCAAAUCCUUCCUACUCCUCCACCAUCUCCUCAUCUACACCCUGUCGCUCAUCUCUCUCUAAUAGAAUCUCAGUUCAAUGCUUCCAGUAAUUCGAUCUCUGAGAUGGGUAUCAGCAGCAGUGGGCGAGGCAGUCCUGACAUCUCCGAGUCAGAAGUGACUGAUGGUGACCCUUUGGUCCGCAAAGGGCGGGGCGUCAUAGUAUGGAUAAAACAUGUCCUAGCGGCGAUCAGUUUGUUCUUUUCGUUGCUGGUCCGCAAAUUAUUUGGCUGCAGUUCCCUGAGGACGCAGACAACAAGCAGUGUCACCGAGGUGGAAGAGCAAAGCCGAUCCAUUGAUGAAAGGACGCCACUGUUGAGCGACCAUGAUUGCGGUCAAGAACCAAGUAGUGUGGAAAUCUCUCUAGCGGUUGAAACUACUAUUACAGCCCACCGUACCCCACCUUCACCUCUUGCCUCGAUAUUUGUCGAUUUUCUAGGCAGCAGAACGAUCUCUUGCAUUUUGCGAGAUCCUGUUGCCACUACGGUAGGCUUGUCCUUGUACAAGGAUGUUUCAAUCCGGUUAGGGGGGAAAACCCUCGAGCCCCAGAACGUCCGAACGCUUCAUGGUGGAACCAUAUUGUUUGACCUUGAAACAGGGACUACAAAAGGGCUUGCGACUUUCACGACCGCUUAAUACCUAUGUAUAGUAUCGUUCGUUGACACGUUUGUCUGUACUGGUUACACGGAUUGUAUCAGGUUCCUCUUUUGUACAUCAAAAUGACAUGUUUUCAUCGUCAAACCCGUCCUCGCUAUCAGCAUUCCUUCUACCACCUCUUCGGUCGGCAGAACUGCUAGAGAAAGUCUGGGAAACAAUGUCAUCCAGCAUCUCCGGAGAGAGAUCGUAUUCGGAGCUGCGAACUACGAUAGCAUAUACAGCUAAUGCCACGUCAUGACAAGCCAAUAAAUAAUAGCACGUAGU